GUCCCCGCCGCGCCGCCGCCGCCGCCCGCGAAGGUGCCCGGGCGCCGGGCCCCCCGCCAGCGGCCGUCAGAGCGCGGAGCUGCCGCACGGCGCGACCGGAGGAGGCGGCGGCCGCCGCCGCCAGCGCCCCGGCGCGGGAGCGGGCGGAGCAGAAAGGGUGCGCAGCCCGGAGGCGGGUGCGCCGGCGGGUGCAGCGGAAGAGGGGUCCAGGGGGGCGAACUUCGUAGCAGUCAUCCUUUUUAGGAAAAAGAGGGAAAAAAAAAAAUAAAACCCUCCCCCGCUCCCCACCCUGGCCGCACCACACACGGCGCGGGCUCCUCGCGAGGCCGGCGCGUCCUGCCUUCAUUGAUCCGCAGCUUUUCGGAAAACGCGUCGGCUGCUCUCGGAGUUGAAUCAGAAGAGGACCCCGCGCCGGCCGGGCCCCGUCGGCGCCCGGGGCAGAGUCCGCGCCGUGCCCGCGCGGCGCGCGCGCCUGUCAGUGGCCGAGGGGAGCCCGGACGGAGCGCGCUCCGGGGCUCGGGGCCGGAUUCCUGCGGAUUGACGUUUCUGAGGAGCAGAAACCCGGGGGCCAGCCUGGAGACCCCCCCGCCCCGGGGUGCCUACACCCGCGCCCGCCGCCUCCCGAUUCAUUCGGAAGUUUCCAAGCGGCUCUCACCCGGGAGCUCCGAAGAUUGAUGGGAUCCUUGCCUUAUGCGUUUGUUUUGGUUUUGCAGAGAAGGAAACUGGACAGAGGGUCAUGCUGUCCUUUAAAAACACAACAUCACGUAGGGAAAAGACUGGCGUUCACCACGCUUAUGAAUGAUAACGUGCCUCGUGAAACAGAGAUCCGAAAGGGAUUUGAGUAAAAAUCUCCUGCGCCUGCUGCCAACGGGGAAACACCAGAAGCGAGGGCUCCGCGUGACUGAAGACACCCCCGCGCCCGAGGAUGCGGCGCGCGCCCGGGAACCCCGCCGGCUUCUGAGCGGGCCCGUGCGGCGGGACGGGGCCGGAGGCACCGCGGGCGCCCAAGGGCAGCAUGGCGCACGCCGGGCGAACAGGGUACGACAACCGGGAGAUCGUGAUGAAGUACAUCCACUAUAAGCUGUCCCAGAGGGGCUACGAGUGGGACGCUGGGGACGCGGGCGCCGCCUCCGCGCCGGGCGUCUUCUCCUCCCAGCCCGCGCCCGCUGCGCCCCGGGACCCGGCCGCCAGGACCUCGCCGCCGCCGCCGCCGGCCGCCGCGGGGCCCGCGCUCAGCCCGGUGCCACCUGUGGUCCACCUGACCCUCCGCCAGGCGGGCGACGACUUCUCCCGGCGCUACCGCCGCGACUUCGCGGAGAUGUCCAGCCAGCUGCACCUGACGCCCUUCACCGCGAGGGGGCGCUUUGCCACGGUGGUGGAGGAGCUCUUCAGGGAUGGGGUGAACUGGGGGAGGAUUGUGGCCUUCUUUGAGUUCGGUGGGGUCAUGUGUGUGGAGAGCGUCAACCGGGAGAUGUCGCCCCUGGUGGACAACAUCGCCCUGUGGAUGACUGAGUACCUGAACCGGCACCUGCACACCUGGAUCCAGGAUAAUGGAGGCUGGGAUGCCUUCGUGGAACUGUACGGCCCCAGCGUGCGGCCUCUGUCAGACUUCUCCUGGGUGUCUCUGAAGACUUUGUUCAGCCUGGCCCUGAUAGGAGCUUGCAUCACCCUCGGUGCCUACCUGGGCCACAAGUGAAGACACCAGGCCUGCCCCCCACAGAUAUGCAAACAGUUCACGAAAGCAGGAGACAUGAUAUGCAUUGUCAGUGCCGCACCAUGCAACGCAGCUGGCUCUGUGAAGCGAGAGCCAGCAAGCCCCACGCGUACACAAAACAGCUUUCAGGCAAAAUGUCGAAUCAGCUAUUUACUGCCAAAGGGAAAUACCAUUUAUUUUUUACACUUUGAAGAAAAAAAGAUUUAUUUAUUUAAGACAGUCCCAUCCAAACUCCUGUCUUUGGAAACCUUCCCACGAGUGGCCCGAGCACUCCUUGUGCGGCUGCCCCCGGUGCCCCACACCCGUGGGCGUAGAUUUGCUGGCCGUGUUCUUGGCCGCACUGAGCGACCAUCUGAAGAGCAAGAAAAUGGACCCAGGGCUUGACCCCGGCAAGCCAGCUCUCGGACCUGUCUAGGCUGGGAGGAAGGUGUCUUUCCGACCUGCAUCUACCUGCCCUGGGGCCUGGGACGUCAACUGGGAAGUCCUCAUUUCCUUGGCCUCAAGAACACACACUUGGCCCGUGACCCACAUGGUCCAGACCCAGUUGCAGGAAAGGAAAACAAACAAAAAAUACCUGGGAGCUUCAGACGGACGUGGCCCCCGCUGCCCUUCCCACGCCCAAGGACGGCUGCGGGAACAAAAUGCCCUUAAACCAUAGGAAAGUAUUUUUUUAAGCUACCGAUUGUGCCGAGAAGCGUUUCAGCAAUGUAUACCAUGUCAUCCAGUACCUUAAGCCCGGAUUGUGUAUAUUCGUAUAUUUUAGAUACGCAGUGCCCGCCGCCCAGUACUGGCUGUGUCUGAGCCGGAGACAGCAUCCUCUGGAGUUCAAGGCAGGGGACGUUUCGGUGACUUCUUCAACACAGGAAGGCUGGCCCAGAGCGUCAGGCUGCCACAAGUGCCUGCAUUCCGGAGACGGCGUCUGUAGAAGCUGCCUUGUGUCCGGCUCUGGGGCCUGGCCCUGGAACUGAGCCUGGGCACCCGCAGGCUCCUGGUGGGGAUUUUUCAACAGAGCGGUGCGGUCCUCGAGUGUUUGGAAGCUGAUGCAGCUCAGAAUUCCACUGUCAAGAAGGAGCAAUAGUGGGACUUGGCCCUGGGCCUGUUGCGCUCGGGCCGGCAGGCAGGCCUGUUCUCUGGUAGAGCGUGGAACCUGGGGCCACAGCUCCCCUAAAGACUUCGUCACUGUGGAGGCAAGGAAAGAGGCCGCGUGCGUCUCCUGGCAGAGGGACGUAAUGGAGACUGAGCAGCCGCCACCGAAACGGGGUGCGGCCCGUGGUGGCCGAGGCACAGGUGCAUUGGCUGCUCGGCCGUGCGCCUGUCUGUGCAGUUUAAAGCAAGGUUUUCAAUGACUUUGAGUAGGGUCAUGAGCCCUAAAGGAAGUGUUGAAAUGAGGUGUCAUGGAUUAAUUGACCUGUGUCUGUGGAAUUAACAUGUAAAACAUUAUCUUGUCAUUGGAGGUUGUUUUUAUUUGAAAACCUGAUAGAAGAAAAAAAAAAUAGUUCCAGGUGUGGAAUGUGGGGAUUAUCUGUACAUCCUGGGGCAUUAAAAAGGAAGAAAAAAAACCAGUGGUGGAAAACUGUGGAGAAGUAACAGAAAAAGUGAGGUCUCUGGCUAAUAAACUAGCAAAUACUUUCGCAAGUUUAGAAUCAGCUUUGAGACAUUCAUGGAAUAACUUUGUGGCAUUAUUGCAUUAUAUACCAUUUAUCUGUAUUAACUUUGGAAUGUACUAUGUUCAAUGUUUGAUGCUGUGGUUGAUAUUUCGAAAGCUGCUUUUUGAAAAAAUACAUACAUCUCAGCAUUUUCUGAAAUAAUUGUAUUUAGUUAUGGCCUGCACACUAUUUGUUAGCAAAAACGAUCAUUUUUCCAUUGGAGAUGCUUGUCUCUCGUUCCUUCAGAAGCGUUUCUGAAAGGACGGGUCAGCCCUGAGUCUCGGCUGCCUGAGGAAGCCUGGGUUUUGCUGGCCACUGGGAGGCUCGGAUUUCACCGAGUUGCAUGCAGCUCCAUGUCGACAGAACUGCUCCGGGCUGUGGAUGCAUCCCCUUGUCCCUUUGCCCUCGUGCCUUGAAGGGUUCCUUGGCCCUGGGCAAGUCACCAUUUUGCUCACAUAAUUUAGGAUUCCAUGCAUGUGUGGGUAAACCCGGGAGAUUCAUUUGGUUGCAAACCCAGUGGGGAAGUGACCCAAGGAUGGACAUCUGGCUCUGACGGCUGCCCCCUUUAGGCGACCUGUUUUGAUGCAGACCCACCCCGACCCCCCCGAAGGAGGCUUUUCUGCCGCUGCCCUUCGGGGCCUCCUGAGUGCCGUGGGGCUGCCACUUCGCAGGGAGGGCAAGAAACCCACGGUUUGGAGCCAGACCUCCCUGGCGGGCCUCAGGGAAUGGGACGAUCAGACCUUUGAAUGAUUCUAAUUUUUAAGCAAAAUAUUAUGUUAUGAAAGGUUUACAUUGUCAAAGUGAUGAAUAUGGAAUAUCAAGUCCUGUGCUGCUAUCCUGCCAAGAUCACGUUCAUGGAGUCAGUGUGCCGGACACGCCGAGGCGCGAGACCCUCCAAGCUGCUUCAAAAGUCGCCACGAAGAACACGGACAGUUUUCAUAACAGAAAGCCUGCUCUCAUCUUUUAUUGUUUUUGUUAUUGUUGUUCAAAUUGGGAUUUGCAGAGUAUCUGAAAAAAAAUGUACAUAUAAACAGAAUGGUCCAGGGGGCUACCCUCCAGGCUGGUUUGUCCUCAAUGCACCCAGCCACCUGGCGUGUACAGUCCCGUGGCUGUGCCCACUCCACGGGGAGUCGAUGUUGCAGUUUUCCUUGUUGUUAAAGACAUACUAGAAGCAAUGAAUGUGUAUAAAAGCCUCAACUACUCAUUUUUUUUCCUCUUUCCUUUCUUCAUUGGCUCAGUUAGUUGGCAACUGGGCAACAGAGAACCAUCCUGAAGUGUUUCGUGUUGAGAAGGGAUUCAUACCCAAAUCUUAACACACAGAGAGGAGUCCUCCUUCUGUUGGCCCAGGUCCCAGUUAAAGAGGACACCUUCACUUUGCAAAUUGUGGUCAAGGGCUUUAAAAAAGAAACCAGGAGGCAAAGAGCAUCCAAGAACCUCCCUGUUCCUCCCAAGCCUCACCAUCCCAGCACUCAAAGAAAAGACCCAAACAAUGUAGAGAAGAGUUCAUCCCAGCUUUUGCAGAUUUAAGAUUUGGAUUAAAGUCCCACUUAGAAUUAAGGAAGCACUUUUCUGUAGUUCAAACGAAACCCCACCAUCUCUGCCCCAGCUCACUGUGUCUCUGUGCAUUCACGUGUGCCCUGCCAUUUACAUGUGACUUUUAUUUCAUUAAGAAAUGUUUGUUACCUAUCACCUGGAGACCUAGCCCAGGCCCAGUAUUGGGGACAGCAGGAAGGGAUGAUAUAUCAGAAGGGUAAGUUGUAAUAAUCAGGACUAAAUGUAAAUCAUUAGGGCAGUCCCAACAAAUGUCUAGCUUUCACAUCCCGAAUCUAGGGAAUGAACAGAAUUGCAGUAGUCUAUAUUUGUAAAGCUAUAGUAAAACAAAUAAUUUAUAAAUGUGAACUUAAACUAAUUCCAAUUGUCCUUUGAAGGCAAUGGCUGUUUUUAUACUUUCUUAUCACUUAUAGUUAGUAACAUACACCUCCUCUAUCAGAAAAAAAACAGGAAAGACUUGAAACAUAAGCUGUUCUAAGGAAAUCAGGGCUUCAGUUGAAAUCCUAUUCUGAUCUUCCUCCGUGGUGUCCUUUGCAGCCCAGACAAAUGUGGUUGCACACUUUUUAAGAAAUACAAUUCUACAUUGUCAGGCUUAUGAAGGUUCCAAUCAGAUCUUUAUUGUUACUCAAUUUGGAUCUUUCAGGGAUUUUGCUUUUUAAUUUCUACAAGACAAAGGACAUUUGUUGUGGGUGGGAGGGGAGAAGAAUUUUUAAAUGAGUAAAAUAUUCCCAAGAUUGGAUCAGGGAAUGGAGGUUUUCAGAGAAGCCAGAUGUAUGGGGGGGGGGGGGGGUGAGGGAUCUUUAGAAGGGUCCGUGUCAUUCCUCCAUAAAGGCCCUUAUGCAACAGAUGAGAAACAUUUUUUUAAGUCCUGUGGUGCUUUCAGAUUUGGAGAUACUGGCACACUCAAAGGCCAGCUCAGUGUGGCUGCGCAGGGGUAUAAAGUUUAAAGCUGGGUGUGUGUAAUGGGAAUGUUAGCACAAAGUUUGCAGUUGGAACUAACAGGAUAUUUAAUGACAAUGACAACUUUCUGUUGGUAGGAACAUCUGUUUUAAAAUAUUUAUUAUGCAGGACACAGAAAACAUUUAAAUAGAAUGAAGUUGAAUAAAACAAUGGAAAGCUAAAUUGGGUCCCUUAGCCUUACCCAACGACUCAUUCUGUUCUGUGCCUUUGGACAACCAUGACCUGGGACAACCAUGAAAUUGGGCACAAAGAAAACCAGAUGGAAUAUGGAUGGUACUGCAACAGUUGCGUCAAGACGAUCCCAGAAAAAUAACUUAAAACCAAAUUCCUGUUGUUAAUAAUUUUUCUCUAUGUACCAAGAUCAGCACCCUCUGUUAAGCACUCAUGGAAGAUGGAAUGUUAAUAAAUACGACCGUAGUGUUGACACUCCAUAAUGCCAUGCACCUAAAUAUCUUGGAAAAUCUGCUCUGCGGCCUCCAGCUAGCUCAUUUCAUUAAGUUUUGCCCUCCAAGGUAGCAUUUGAAGGAGUGAUGGCUGAUCAAAUUUCCUUUGGGGAAGCUUCCUUCUGGUGGUUGUGUUUGUUAUUUUCUUUAAACUAAUUUUUGCUUUUGUUUUUGAGUUACUGGGGUUAUUUUCAUUUUAAAUAAAGUAACUGUACAAUAUGUAUUUUUGUAUUGAAAGCUUUUGUUGUCAAGAUUUUCAUACUUUUACCUUCCAUGGCUGUUUCUAAGAUUGAUAAUUCUUAGCAGUGGCUCAUAGCCUGAAAUACUGUAUACACCAAAAAUGUAUGGUAAGCAUACUUUACAUAGUUAAGGUAAAGUAAGUUUCCAGUUGGCCACCAUUAAAUAUAAUGGCACUUUGUGUUGUUGGGAAAAGUCACAUUGCAAUUAACCUCUCCUUGUCUGUCCAGUUAAUUUCGUGAAGAAAAAUAAAGUACAGUGUGAGAUA